AAGGUGUGACUGGCUUCACUGGGCAACGGAAAGGAAGGUCCUGUUGCAACACUGAGUCUCCUGCCAGCUUUGCAGCCUGAUGCCCACAGCUGGCCUCAUGAAGCGACAAGUUACUCUCCAGAUGCUAUUCCUCCUCGGCACGUUAGGCCUGCCAGUGUUGGCAAAAUGGAAGGACAGAUUUUUUUCUGAAAUCCAAAUUCCGGAUUACAUUUUAACAAGGCCCAAACUGCAGCCCUGCCUGGAGCGGCCAACCAGCACCCAGUGCAAAAGCUACUGCAGGGCGCACCUGGACUGUGAGGACCAGUUUCGCUGCUGCCACGCCUUCUGUGGCAAUGUCUGCAUGCGCCUGGAAGAGGCGGAUGGCGAAAAGUCAAACCAUAAAAUCAGCAACUCGGUGCCCGUGGUUGUACCAUAAAUCAUCCUCAUUUCAAGCCACAUGGAAAGUGUUGGAAGACCAACCUCCUGUUGGACCGCCCUCUUGGAUCAGGUGUGGGUAGGGGUGAGGGUACCCAGACAAUGUCUUCCCUGCCUACCUCCUUCCCCAUAAGCUGUUUCUGGAACUGAGGCCCCCCCCUUUUGUCUAUAGCUACAGGACUAGUGCUGCCUCAACUACUUUCUCUGACUCCACCCCUCCACCCAGUGCCCAGCCCCUACCUCCUGGUCUAGAUUUUCCCUGCCUUCCCACUCUUCAGCAGCCUAGGCUCUUUCAUCCAGACUCCUAGCCCUAUUUAUCUCUGCUUAUUGCCAUGACAUAAUGAAGAGAAAGCUGCUUAUAUAAGGUGGGGGAAGUGUUCUUUUUGGCCAGUGAGGAUACUGUUACUUUGAAUUCUCCAUACCUGGGUGUAUCCCUUCUGAGACUCUCAGGCCCUUGAUUCUAGUAGGUUUCUGCAAGCUAUUUCCAUUUUUAAUUAGUCCAUGGACAUGGAAUCUUACAUAAAUAUGGCUACGCCAACGAUUUAGAACCGAAAGAUGGCAUCCCUUGCUCUAAGUAAGCUUUCCUCUUAUCUUUUUAACAUUACCUGUUUGUCACUAUGAUUCAGUCCAUUGUUUGGGGGAUUAUAAGGGUCUUUUCAAAUGUGAGAAAAUGCUACAGAAAGAAUAAACAAUAUCUAGAGGGUUGUCAA